GGAAGAGGAAGGUUGGAAACAUACCUAGAAAUAGAUCGGGUGGGGGGGUGGACGGCACGACUAGAACAGAAAUAAUUCCAGCAAGAUGGACAUGAAAAAAAGAAUUCACCUGGAGCUGAGGAACAGGACGCCCUCUGAUGUACGAGAAUUGGUUCUGGAUAACUGCCGGGCGCAUGAAGGCAAAAUAGAGGGUCUUACAGCAGAGUUUGUGAAUCUAGAAUUCCUCAGCUUAAUAAAUGUCUUAUUGAUGUCAGUCUCAAAUCUUCCAAAGCUCCCCAAAUUAAAAAAGCUUGAGCUGAGUGACAACAGAAUCUCUGCAGGCCUGGAUGUACUAGCAGAAAAACUAUCCAACCUCACACAUCUGAAUCUCAGUGGAAAUAAAAUAAAAUACAUUAGCACAUUGGAACCUCUGAAAAAAUUAGAGUCUUUGAAGAGCCUGGACCUAUUCAACUGUGAAGUAACAAACUUAAAUGACUACAGAGAAAGUGUUUUCAAGCUCCUCCCGCAAUUGACUUACCUGGAUGGGUAUGACAGAGAAGACAAGGAGGCCCCAGACUCUGAUGCUGAAGGAGAUGGUGUAGAUGAGGAGGAAGAAGAUGAAGGGGGAAGAGGAGGGGGAAGAGGAGGAAGAAGAUGAAGAGGAAGAAGAUAUAGAUGAGGA